AUGACGUCCAUCCUGUGUUUCUUUCUUCUCGUCCUUUUCUCUUCACUGUCACUUGCUUCCUCACAGUAUGUCUUACCGGACCACUACUUCAUCAACUGUGGAUCGAACUCUGAUAUUGAUUUCACCAACCGGAAAUUCCUCGGCGACGUCAACCCCUCAACUUUCUCCAUCUCCGGUGGCCAUGUCGCCGCAGAAAGCAACAACCCGGCAACCGACACACCGGUUAUCUACAGAACAGCAAGAGUCUUCACUAAGAAAUCAUGGUACGAACUUGAAGCAGAUGAAAUCAACACUUUCGUCAUGGUACGCCUUCAUUUUUCCCGAUUCUCUACUAAUGGAUUCGAAUUUUCCAACUCGAAACUCGACGUUUCUGUCUCCGGGUUCUCUCUGUUGUCCGGUUUUAGCACCGGAAACUCGACUGUGAUUAGAGAAUUUAUAUUCCCGAUUGGGUCUGAACGAAGGUUUAGAAUUGAAUUUACACCAUCCCGUGGAUCGUCUUCUGCGUUUGUAAAUGCCAUUGAAGCUUUCACGACACCAUCGAAUCUAUUCAGGCCCGCCUCCAGUUUCCCACGUAUUUCACCCGCCGGAAAACUUGCUGAUCUGGAGAAGUUAACAUCGGAUUAUGCUUUCAACCCAAUCCACAGAGUUAACGUUGGAGGACAAACGAUCAACGUAGAUCGUGACACCUUAAGAAGAACAUGGACACCUGAUAAUUCCUUCAUCUUCAACAAUGGACCAGCAAGAAACGUCACUUUUGAUGGCCGGAUUAAUUAUGUAGACGGUGGAGCAAGCUCCUCCGAUGCUCCUGAUGAUGUUUACAAAACCGCCAAACAAUUAAACAACAGUUUGGUAAACAUUACUUGGAAUUUCAACGUCAAUAAGAAUGCCAUGUAUCUGGUUCGAGCUCAUUUCUGUGACAUUAUAAGCACAUCCCUCGUCGAUCCCAACGACGCCUUCAACUUCUUUGUCUACAGCCACCACAAGGAGGAGAUUCAACCGGGUAACACAGUGGAUGCGUUACAAGCUCCGUUUUAUCUUGAUUUGGUGGUGGAGUCCACUGAUUCAGAUCGUUUGAAUAUCAGUAUUGGCGCAAUUCGUGGUAACAAUCAGCCGGUGUUCUUGAACGGAGUCGAGAUCAUGGAGAUGUUGAAAAACUCCGGUGUGCGUGAUCCAGUCAACGGGAAAAAGGGAAAGAGUGUAUUCAUCGUGGUUGGAUGUGUUCUUGCAGGUGUAGCUUUUCUACUGGUUUUGUUAGCAGGUUUCUUCAUCGGAUCAAGAUGUGGGAAACGAAAGCAGGUGGUGGUCGGAGCAAAAUCAGAGUCUCACGUGGUUCCAUCAUAUGGCCGGAGUACUUCAUACAACACUCUCGACAACGGACUUCCUGCAAAGGAAAUGAAUUUGGCUGAUUGGGCGAUUAAACAGAUAAAAAAUGGCAAUCUUGAGAAAAUAAUCGAUCCGUUUCUUGCGGGUAAGAUUAAUCAGAACUCGUUAAGGAAAUUUGUGGAAAUAACUGAGAGAUGUUUAGAGGAAACGGGAGGCAAAAGGCCGAGUAUGGAUGAUGUGUAUUGGGAUUUAAAAUAUGUGUUGACUUUGCAACUAAUGUCAAUGGACCAACAGCCAUGUGAUGAUAGCACGAUAAAUAUGUCAUUUCAGUUGCCAAAAUCGAUAACUGAUCGGUUGCCGUCUCGACAUAAUGAUGAUUCUGAUGUGAAUGAUAGCUCGAUUUUUAGUUAUCCGAGUGAGAGCCAAGUGUUUUCGCAAUUGAAGAUCAAUGAAGCUCGAUAG